CGUUAUUUUACGGAACGUGUUUUUUUUGGUCACGUUGCAAAGUUUACCUAGUGUCGUUAAAUAAAAGGAAACUUGUAAAAGGAAUUGAGUCAUGGCCGCCGACCAAGUGCAAUUUCAGCAGCUCCUGAAUUCGUUGUUGUCCACGGACAAUGAUGUGCGUCAACAAGCCGAGGAUGCAUAUAACAAUUUGCCGCGCGACGUCAAAGUAACACAUCUAUUAGGUACUAUCCACAAUGGCCAACAAUCGGAGGAGGCACGUCAGAUGGCAGCUGUACUUUUACGUAGACUGUUUACGUCCGAAUUUGCGGAAUUCUACAAAGAGUUACCGCAAGAAUCGCAAGCACAGUUGUUGCAGCAGAUUUUGUUAGCAGUGCAGCAAGAAGUUACCCCGAAUUUGCGUCGCAAAAUCUGUGAAGUCGUUGCUGAAGUCGCACGCAGUCUCACCGAUGAAGAUGGAAACAACCAAUGGACCGAUAUCUUGCAAUUUCUGUUCCAAUGUGCAAAUUCCCCAUCGGCUCAGUUACAAGAAUCGGCUUUGCGCAUUUUCGCUAGUGUUCCAUCUAUCUUCGGCAAUCAAGAAGCGCAGUAUUUAGAUUUGAUUAAGCAAAUGUUGGCCAAGAGUUUAGAGCCUACAGCUGAUGUGGAAGUACGCUUCCAAGCUGUACGAGCCAUUGGCGCGUUCAUUCUGCACCAUGACAAGGAUGAGGAAUCCAAUGUUUUUAAGCAUUUCUCCGAUUUAUUGCCACGCAUGAUUAUGAUCACUGCUGAGAGUAUUGAGGCACAAGAUGAUCAGAGCUUAUUGAAAUUACUCAUCGAUAUGACCGAAACAUGCCCGAAAUAUUUGCGUCCCCAAUUGGAGAAUAUUUUCGAGAUGUGUAUGAAAGUUUUUGGCUCCACAGAUGUAGAGGAUAGCUGGCGUCAUUUAGUUUUGGAAGUAAUGGUAUCUUUGUCGGAGAAUGCACCAGCUAUGGUACGCAAGCGCGCCGAUAAGUAUGUCGUAGCAUUGAUACCCUUGGUACUGCAAAUGAUGACCGAUUUGGAUGAUGACAAAGAAUGGUCCACCUCAGAUGUGGUAACCGAUGACGACAAUAGCGAUAACAAUGUCAUUGCGGAGUCAUCUUUGGAUCGUUUGGCAUGCGGAUUGGGCGGCAAAACUGUGUUGCCGCAUGUGAUGAAUGCAUUGCCAAAUAUGUUGGGACACGCCGAUUGGAAGCAGCGCUAUGCUGCACUUAUGGCCAUUUCGGCCAUUGGUGAAGGUUGCCAUAAGCAAAUGGAGGCCAUGUUGGAUCAAAUUAUGGCUGGCGUAUUGAAUUUCUUGCGUGAUCCACAUCCUCGUGUACGUUAUGCAGCUUGUAAUGCCAUCGGACAGAUGUCUACAGAUUUCGCACCCACUUUUGAAAAGAAAUUCCAUGACCAAGUGGUGCCGGGAUUGUUAUCUUUGCUCGACGAUGUUGAAAAUCCUCGAGUACAAGCACACGCUGGUGCCGCUUUGGUUAACUUCUCUGAAGAUUGUCCAAAACACAUUUUGACUCGUUAUUUGAAUGGAAUCAUGUCCAAGUUGGAGACAAUUUUGAAUUCCAAAUUCAAGGAGCUGGUAGAGAAAGGCAACAAAUUGGUGUUGGAGCAAGUUGUCACCACUAUAGCAUCCGUUGCAGAUACUUGCGAGAAGGAAUUUGUCACGUACUACGAUCGUCUUAUGCCAUGCUUGAAGUUUAUCAUACAAAAUGCCAAGUCUGAGGAUUUGCGUAUGUUGCGUGGUAAAACCAUUGAAUGUGUCAGUUUGAUUGGUUUGGCAGUUGGACGUGAGAAAUUCAUUACCGAUGCUGGUGAAGUUAUGGACAUGUUAUUGAAAACACACACCGAAGGCGAUUUGCCGGAUGAUGAUCCGCAAACAUCUUACUUAAUAACCGCAUGGGCUCGUAUGUGCAAGAUUUUGGGCAAACAAUUCGAACAGUACUUGCCAUUGGUAAUGGGACCCGUAAUGCAUACUGCAGCUAUGAAACCAGAAGUAGCACUACUGGACAAUGAUGAAGUGGAGGACAUUGAAGAUGAUGUUGAUUGGUCCUUUAUUAAUUUGGGUGAACAGCAAAACUUUGCCAUUCGCACCGCUGGCAUGGAGGAUAAGGCAUCAGCCUGUGAAAUGUUGGUUUGCUAUGCACGCGAAUUGAAGGAAGGUUUCGCUGAUUAUGCCGAAGAGGUGGUGCGUUUAAUGGUACCGAUGUUGAAAUUCUAUUUCCACGAUGGCGUACGUACGGCGGCGGCCGAAUCAUUGCCAUACUUGUUGGAUUGUGCUAAAAUCAAGGGUCCACAAUACUUGGAGGGAAUGUGGCUAUAUAUUUGCCCCGAAUUGUUGAAGGUUAUCGGCACAGAACCGGAAGCGGAUGUACAAUCAGAACUUCUUAAUUCUUUGGCUAAAUGUAUUGAAACUUUGGGUCCAAAUUGUUUAAAUGAAGAAGCAAUGACACAAGUAUUGGAAAUAAUUACAAAAUACAUGGGAGAACACUUUGAGCGUGCUGACAAGCGUUUGCAAGCGCGCAAUGAGGAGGACUACGACGAUGGUGUUGAAGAGGAGUUGGCUGAACAGGACGAUACCGAUACUUAUAUACUUUCAAAGGUGGUGGAUAUAACGCACGCACUUUUCCUCACCAAUAAAGCACAGUUUUUACCCAAUUUCGAUCGUAUUGCACCGCACUUUAUCAAAUUGCUUGAACCGAAUCGCUCGUGGUCUGAUAGGCAGUGGGGCGUUUGUGCAUUUGACGAUGUUAUUGAAUUUUGCGGUCCAUCAUGUGCGGCUUAUCAACAGAUCUUCACACCGGCCUUGUUACAGUACGUUACCGACAAAUCACCAGAAGUUCGCCAAGCAGCCGCCUACGGUUGUGGUGUAUUGGGACAGUUUGGUGGUGAACAGUUUGCAGUUACAUGUGCUCAAAUCAUUCCGUUAUUGGUACAAGUUAUAUCUGAUCCAAAAAGUCGUGACCACGAGAAUGUCAAUCCCACAGAGAACGCUAUUGCAGCAGUUUCAAAGAUCCUAAAAUAUAACAGUAGCGCUAUACCGAAUGUGAACGAGAUUAUAAAUGUUUGGUUCUCUUGGCUGCCCGUAACUGAAGAUGCAGAUGAAGCACCACACAUUUAUGGGUACAUGUGCGAUCUAAUCCAGGCCAAUCAUCCGAUCAUACUAGGAAACAACAACAGCAAUUUACCACGAAUUGUAUCAAUAAUAGCCCAAGCAUUCGUUACUAAAGUGGUGGCAUCGUUGAGCGAUAUCGGCACACGUAUGUUGGGUAUAGUGAAGCAAGUGGAAUCCAACCCAGAAGUAUUCCAAGCAUGCGCUAGUAUAUUGACACCUGAGCAACAAUACGCCCUGCAAGACGCUUACCGGGAACUGGCUGGUGGUGCACCCACAACUGCAUAAAGAAAAAUAAUUAACGCAAAUCUAUUGAAAUCUGCUGCUGAUGCUGUAGAUAAGUUCACAGUUAUGUAUGUUUAAUCAAAAUCGAUGCAAACAAGAAAUGAGUAAAAAAACUCACAUUAUAUAUAAAUAUAUACCAUAUGAAAUCGGAGUCCAACAAAAAUCAACAACUCAACAGUUAAAAUUAUGACCUGUACGACCUACGCGAAUACGCAAAUAUGCUGUUUUACA